GCAUUCGUAGUGCAUUGUUGACAGCGUCUGCGCUCCAGUCAACAGCGUGCAGAAUGUUUGUCUGCGGUCGGCGAGUGCACACGGCCGCUGAGCUCCUCCCGCAACUCGCGCCGGUUGCCCGCGUCAACGAGGAACGUGUCUGCUCGCUAGCGUCGCGAACACCGGCUGGUGUCUUCCUGUGUCUUCCGACGUCGCGUACGGUCACGAAGCUGAUGCGGGUGGCCCGCAUUGGCUGCGCUCGUUCCGAGCGAGGCGGGCUGAGACAUGUCUGGACCGAGGACCGAGGUACUUACCGCGGGGCAUGCGGCGGGAAAACGGGAGAACGCUCACGCCCGCCCUCCGAGGUCCGAUCGAUCAUGGAGGCUCCGGCCAUCGUCGAUCGCCCCGCCUCCGCCCUCCGAGCUGGAGAGUGGGGCCCCGAUCGCCCUGCGCAUGCCGGGCUCGGGGCGCAUGGCCCCUCCGCCUGCUUCGCGAAGGCUGCCGCAAAAGCCUAUUGUCGAUCGCACGAGCGCGUGCCGUGGCGUACCGUCGGACGUCGCCCGGUACCUCGGCGCGCGCUGCCAUGGCCAGGGCUCCGACGCGCAUCGUGCAUCACACGGCGAUCCUCCUAUCGUUGUCGAUGGAGUCUCGACCAGCGCAUAGGUUAUUGCCGGCAUUGGGGGGUACCGCUCCCGAGGCUGUCGUGGCCAAUGGGGACGUGCCUCGCCCCUGUGGUCGCCGUCAGUGGGCGAUUGAGCGCGGGCCGCUCUGGAUACCCACGCCGAUCACAAAUGUCGCCAUAUCGUCCACCCUGGGCAGGGCUCCGGGCGCAACGUCUUUGCGAUGGGCCUCCAUGGAAUAUGCUAGCACGCAUGGGUUGACCCCAUUGACGAGAAUAUGACGUGGAAUGCCGCUUCAUGAAUUAACAUGAUAGGUCUGAUUGAUAAGAUAUUGCGACCGUAAUAUGUGGUCACCGCUUCGAGAUGGGCCUCCGCGAACUCACGACCGGGUGCUUAAUUGAUUGUAAUGAUCUUCUUGCAGUCUACGAUGGAAGCGAGCUUGAGGGCCGAGACCGAGCGUACUCAUAAGAGGAUGAUCAGGAGGUUACUGGA